UCAACUGAGUUUUCUGGAAGCCAAAGAAAUCGCGUCGAAGUCAUGAGGAAACGGCUGAAGUCUCAUUUUAUGACUCCUUACCAAAAGUACAAGCAUCGCGGGAGAAAACCGUGGAAACUUUUGUUUCAACUUCUCAAGUUGAUCAUGGUUACAGUCCAGAUUUUCCUGUUUGCAACAGAGCUUUUCUCUGUUGUGAACUUUUUAGAUGACAGUCAAGAUGCAUUCAACCAUCUGUUUCUUCUCAAUCCCAAUGAGUCAGAUUAUUCUAUUUACACAAAGAACCAGUUUUACUUCCAAGUGCAGCACUCUGUUGAGCAGUACUAUGACAUCCAAAACAUAGCUGUUGGAACAUUUGGCUUCCUUGAAUCCGAAGACGGCAUAAAACCUAUGAAUAUGUGCAUAUAUAAAUACACCAACAGUUCUGUCGAGCCUGAAGAUGAGUCGUAUCAUCUCACGCGACAGACAAACUAUUCUUGUCAACAGUUGCACAAAACAAAUCACUCAGACAGAAACAUCACUCACUUUGUCAAAAGAAACAAGAUGCCAGAAUCAUUUGAAAGCAUAAUAAGCAUUAUGCUAAUGGCUGAAGUACGUUCUCUUCACGUUCGAACACCUCCGAGAUUACCAGUUUGUUACAAGUUCAACGUCACUAUACAGUUUGAUAACAGUAAUCAUGAUGGUAAGGUACCAGUCACUUUGAAUGUGGAUGGAGAUGUUAUGGACAACUGUGCUGGUAAUUCAACAGUCAGCAAAGAAGAUUACCAGGCAUCCAAAACACUUCGUGUUUUUGUUGACAUUAUGACCAUGCUGUUCUGCUUGAUGUCUGUGACCCUAUGCUCACGCUCAAUCUUUCGGCAACUACAGCUUGUUAAGGUACUGAAGGAACUGCAUGUAUGAUCAAUAAAUCUAGAAUUUAGAGGCACAGUUAGUCAUGGAAGGAAAUGCCAUAUGUGCUAGCUGGAGGUUUUGCACCAAAGCUAGUUCCCACCCACAGAGUUUGCACCCGCAUCAAUUCAACUAGUGAUCAAGUGCUUAAAAUUUAUCUUUCCCUUACCAAGCAAAAAAGACAACAUUGUGGGCAUGAUGAAACAAAAUCACACAAAACAUGUUUAUUUCUCGUUUUUAAUCUAAGGCAAACUGGAAUAGAAAGUUCAUAAUGAGUUCAGGGGUGAAAAGUGGAUGGGUGCGAAUUUGAUUGGGUGCGAAACAGGUAACAUCAUGUUGUUCCAGAAAGUAUCCAUACCCCACCCACGAAAGGUUUUUUGGUUAAAACCCUCCCACCCCUCCGGAAAUUCCAGUUUGGCUUCAUGAUUUUUUAAAAAAAUUUUGGCUUUUGAAACCCCCUUCCCCUUCAGAGCUUCCGAUAACUUUCCUUGGGGUGGGUAUGGAUAUUUUCUGAAAAUGCACAUUCUUACUAUGUGGGUCACCGAUCAAGCAUAAUGUCAUCUAGAUGACUGGGUAUUG